AUGGCCAGCGAUGCGGCAGGGGCGCCAACCCCCGGGCUCACUAGGCGUGUUGCCCCCAGCAACCUCCUUUCCCGCAUCAUGUUUACCUCCUCCGCUCCGCUGCUGGCCACCCACGUCGCAGCUCCUGCAGUGGCGUCGGCAGAUUGGUUCUUGAAGGCAGCGGAUAAUGAUCGCCUCUUGACCUUGGUUGUUGUCCUGCGACUGCUUCAAAUUCCCUGGUUGCCCGCGAACGCUCUGGCCUGCCCUGCCUGCGGUAAGCCUCUACUGACUCUGCCGCUGCGACGGGACUGCAUUCCUCUUGCCUUUUGA